AAUUACCCCUUGCGGGAUAAUCCGAAAAAAUCAUCCCGAUUAUACUUUUUAGUCAUAGUUGCAUGAAAUAUCCAUUCCUACUACCCUUAUUUCGCAUUCCGUAAAGUCCAAAUUAUUGCCACAUGGUGCGCUAGUAGCGUGUGUCAUAUUUUUCUUCAGUCAAGCGCUGUCAGUCAGUGAAUAAAGUGCAAGUUGCGAUGGAGGAGCGUGAAAAAAGUGCUGAAAGGGAAAACCCUGAUAUUGUAAAGAUUGUGGAAGACUGGGGGAUCUCCAACAACGGAAUUUCCCGUCUUUUAAUGUGUGGAAUACGCGGACGGGAGCAUCUGGAAGCUCUGGAUGACGCAACAAUAAGCAAAAUUUUUUGCGACGACACCUAUUUAGGUGAUUGCGUGGUUUUUCGAAUCAAAAUGAGACAAUGGAGACUGUGCAAUGGGACUCGCAAGGAUGCAUUACGAGUUUGCUUAUCAACGCUCUAAUCCUUCCUGAUCGUGAGUGCGGAAACAAGAAGCCCACAAUUGCAGAUGCCCAACGUCAGAUGGUUUUCCGAGUGAAUUCCAGAAAAGAAUUGGAGGAACUUAUAACUCAGCAGAACAACGAUUUGAAAAUCAUUGCUGUCGGUCAGGAUCUCACAGCCAUCACUGAAGUGUAUGUCAAUUGCGGACCAAUUUUUUACAAGAUGUCAUCAUACUCAAGAGCCAUGGAACUCCUUAUAAAGCUGAGUCUUCUACUUCAUAUUGACUAUCCCAGAAAAUGCAGAUAUGCUUGGAAAGUUCUAGAAGGGUUUUGUUUUAGUCAUGCUACCGAAAGGGUGUAUGACCCAAAAGUACAAAAUUUGCUCAAUAAGCUCAGUUAAAUUGAAACAAGAUGCAUCUUGAAUAUUUCAUCUGCAAGAUUCAAUUGAAGGAAGAAAAUCAGCUUUUUAUUCAUUUAAGAAAAAAUCACAAGACACCAACUGAUUAUGACUAUAAGUGUAUGGACCGAAAUUGCAAUCAAGUCUUCCAAAACUAUUUCAGGUAUCGUACCCAUAUUAAAAAUCACAAUAAGUGCUCAGUAUCUGGCAAAAUUCGAACUGAAGACUUAACCGUUGAAAAGACAUACACUAACAUACCAAACCAGUCCAAUUUAAUAUGAGAUUCAAACCCUCAUUAUG